CGCUGAAAAGCAAUUGUUUAGUAAAUUUCAGUUCAUGGUAAAGUUAUAUCAAUGCUAAACUACUGGUCUAAAGUGCUAAUAAAUUGAGGUUAUGUUUCUCAAAAAGUUUAUUUCUUAUUUUUUAUAGUUAAAGUUUUCUUUCAGCUCAGAUAUUCUUGAUAAAACACCCAAUCAUGGACAGUUUGACUGCUUUAAAGGACUUGAGCUAUGAAAAAAUUAGCAGCAACAUUGAGUAUAAUGAGCAAGACAGUAAUAUUAGUGUCGAUCAAUCUUACUUGGAAGAUAAAAGUGGUGAAUCCAAAGAUCUCGAAAUUGGCCAAGAUGAUCUUGAUAAAUUACUCAAAUUGGUAACUGAAUCACAUUUGAAAUCGAUGGCUCAUGAGCUUGGAAUAAUACGAUUGUGCUGGCCCAGUGUGUUUGAAGAUUGUGCUGAGAGUUUGAAAGUAUUUCCACACUCAUACAAAACUAAUACUGCGAAAGAAAAACUAAUUUUGUUUUAUGCUGAGAACUUUCGCCGACAAUUCUGUCACUUGCAUUCCAGUAGAAAACCAUUGCUACUGGCUAUUGAUAAUGAAUGCGGAAUCCAGGCAAGUAUAUUAAUAUAUUAUAAACCUCAUAUCUACACGAAAUAUUCGCUACAUCAAAACUCACCUUCUAAAUUCGUGUCUACCACAAUUCGUCCGACAAAAAUAACGUACCCUGAAUUUUACACCUGGCAAGGAUGCGCCAGUUUUGUUGCUGAUCACAUUACUUACAUCCCAAUGCCAAAGGAGAAGCCGACCACUUUGAGUGGAUUUGUUUUGAACACCAAUGCGGAACUUCCAAUCACUGAGGAUGUAUACAACUAG